GCGGAUUACCCCCAUAUACUGCAACAAACCAGAAAAAUGCAAGUGAAGAUUGUGUAGAAAUGUUGAGAAGAAUCACCCAAUUAAUAUGUCACUGGCCGGAGAUGUGUUGGACUCAGGGAUCCAUGGUGGAUGUGGUUCUUCGGUGCGCUGAUUUUCUCUCUCUGGCACUCGUGAUGCUGCCCGAAGAAUCCCCAAAGGAUUGCUCGAUCGGCUCGGAAAGACGGGUUAAGUUCGUGGAAAACCAGAUUAGUGAAUGGGGACGAGGUGAGUUUAAGUAACGGACAGAGAAACGGAAUAUUCGCUCCUCUGUUCCUAGUGUCUCUCCAAGCUAUGACUUAAGCAUUUUGGAAGUCAAAGCGCCGCCGCCAACUAAGACAAAACACGCUAGAGUCAAAAAGAAUGUACAUGGAUGUGGAAAAAGUUGGACAUAUGGCAUACAUUUAAUAGAUAAAAUGAAUCUAUUGAGUGUUUGACUUUACCAAAUUGAAGGAAAGGUCGAGAGAGUAUGGGCAGCAACGUAGGUGAAGGAAAGGUGGUGUGUGUCACUGGUGCUUCUGGCUAUAUUGCUUCAUGGCUCGUCAAGUUCCUUCUUCUUCGUGGUUACACUGUCAAGGGGACUGUCCGUGACCCAAAUGAUCCAAGAAAGGUAGAUCACUUGCUUAAGCUUGAUGGUGCAAAGGAGAGACUGCGCCUGAUUAAAGCAGAUCUCCAGGAAGAAGGUUCCUUUGACCAAGCUGUUGAAGGGUGUGAGGGUGUCUUUCAUACCGCAUCUCCCUGUUAUUUUGAUCCCAUAGACCCGCAGACUGAACUUAUUGACCCAGCAGUCGAGGGAACUCUCAAUGUUCUUAGGUCGUGUGCAAAAUCAUCAAAUGCAAAACGAGCUGUUUUAACAUCUUCCUUUGCAGCAGUUACACAUACUGGAAAACCGCUAACUCCUGAUGUUGUAGUUGAUGAGACAUGGUUUUCAAGUCCAGAUAUCUGCAGGGGUAUGAAGCGCUGGUAUCAUGUUUCCAAGAUUUUGGCUGAAGAAGCUGCCUGGAAAUAUGUGAAAGAAAAUGGUAUUGACCUGGUUGUUCUCAACCCGGCAUUUGUGAUAGGGCCACUCUUGCAACCGUCACUUAAUGAAACUUGUGCUAUUAUAUUUAAGCUUAUAAAAGGUCAGACAUUUCCGAACUAUAGUGCAGCAUGGGUCAAUGUGAAAGAUGUUGCUAAUGCCCAUAUUCAAGCCUUUGAGAUUCCUUCAGCUAGCGGAAGAUAUAUUUUGGUUGAGAGAGUUGCACACUACUCAGAACACGUGAAAAUUUUACAUGAAUUGUUCCCAACAUUACAACUUCCUGAGAAGUGUGCGGACGAUAAGCCCUCCAUGCCAAAGUAUCAAGUUUCUAAAGAGAAGGCAAUGACCUUGGGAAUUGACUUCAUUCCAUUGGAGCUGAGUCUCAAGGAGACUGUAGAAAGCUUGAAAGAGAAGAACUUCAUUAACUUCUAACUGUGAUAUCUCUCUCUCUCAAAAGAAAUUAUGUUGAUGUGCUUAAGCUUGCUUAGGUCUGUGUCCUGGGUGUAAACAACCCCAUUGCUUAUAUUCAAUGAUACAGAAAGCAAUAUUUAUGAUACUAGGCUUAUAUUAAAAUAGGACUUCGUUGGAAAUAACUUCGGUUUACUUGUACUAGUGAGGAUUCUACUCAAUGAUCGGCAUAGGCAGGGACAAGAAGUCUCAUAAUAUGUACGAGGAAGGAAGUGUGUCCUUAAUUAUGUAUUCUAUGUCUUUUGGUGACUUCUCAUUUCACACGUCGCAUGUACGUCAAAUGGGGUUAAAAGCCACAAAAUACAAUUACACAAUUAUACGUGAGA